CGGAGACUGUGAGCAGCGGCAGCAGCAGCAGUCUGUUCGGCAGAGAAGCACCGAGACAAACCGGACCAUGUUGAUGUAAAUUCCUCCUUUUUGCCGCUGAUUGUUGUGUGACUGACCACAGCCGGAGGUGAUUAGGGGACGUCCCGGUGCCAAGAGUGUAUGUGUGUGUGUGCAGCUAUGGGGAAGGACUACUACAAGACCCUGGGCAUCCCCAAGGGCUCCAACGAGGAGGAGAUCAAGAAGGCCUACCGUCGCAUGGCGCUGCGCUUCCACCCUGACAAGAACAAGGAUGCCAAUGCAGAGGAGAAGUUCAAGGAGAUCGCAGAAGCCUACGAGGUUCUCAGCGACCCCAAGAAGAGGGUUGUCUACGAUCAGCUGGGAGAGGAAGGUUUGAAGACAGGAGGCAACACUUCUUCAGGUGUUCCUGGUAACACAACACACCACUACACCUUCCAUGGGGACCCUCAUGCCACCUUCGCCUCCUUCUUCGGCGGCUCCAACCCCUUCGACAUGUUCUUUGGGUCCAACCGCAACCACAGUCGCACCAACGGCUUCUCCUUCCACAAUGACCACAGCAACGAUGCAGAGCAGGACAUGGACAUGGAUGACGACGACCCCUUCACUCAUUUUGGAAGACAGUUUGGCUUCCCAGGGGGGAUGAAAAACGGCUUUCCUGGGGAGAAGAGCCACAGAAGAAGGGGGAUGCCGUCAGAGUCCCUGUCUAACGGCCGGAAGCACCAAGACCCUCCAGUGGUCCAUGAGCUGAAGGUCUCGCUGGAAGAAAUCUUCCACGGCUGCACCAAGCGCAUGAAGAUCACCCGCCGCAGGCUGAACCCGGACGGGCGCAGCAUGAGAACAGAGGACAAGAUCCUUAAUAUCAUCAUCAAGAAAGGCUGGAAGGAGGGGACCAAGAUCACCUUCCCGAAGGAGGGGGACGAGACACCUGAGAACAUUCCUGCUGACAUAGCCUUUGUUCUUAAAGACAAGGGUCACACUCACUUCAAGAGAGACGGUUCCAAUAUCAUUUAUAGCUGCAAGAUCAGUCUAAAAGAGGCAUUGUGUGGCUGUUCCGUUAGCAUUCCCACCCUGGAGAACCGUGUCAUCUCCCUUCCCUGCAAUGACAUCAUCAAGCCGGGGACGGUGAAGCGAAUCAGAGGGGAGGGUUUGCCUUUCCCCAAGAACCCGUUACAGCGCGGCGACCUCAUCGUGGAGUUUUCGGUGCGUUUCCCCGACAGGAUCCCGCAUCAGUCCAGAGAGAUUAUCAGACAGCACCUCCCCCAGUCAUAGAAGGACUGACCUCUGACCCCCUUCACUGUCCCGCACUCUUUAACAGCCCAGAACCCGCCCGUUCAUCCACUCUUCCCUGAUAUUUGGACCCUUUGUUUUAGUGAACCAUGACAUGUCUUCUGUUAACGCACACGGUGUUAAAGAGACGCCUUGCUCGGUCGGGACUUCAGGAGUGGAAGGACGAUGGAAGAACGCCAGCACCAGUGGCAGUGUGACGAUGAAUUUAUUUGUGUUUGUUUUGUCUCCCGGCCAAAGCACACACUCCCUGGAGCAGCGGAGAUGCUGAGGACGAGCUCGGCACAACCGUGCUGCUUCUUUUCUUAACUGUUUUUUACAGAUCAAUCCGUGUCAGGUUUUAUACGACACCCGAACUCUCUCCCAUCCUCGUCUUUUUGUGAUAGGAUGGAAGUGUGAGUGCUUUUGUUUUGUUUUGUUUUGUU